GGCAGGACAGGACAGGACAGAGUGGUGCCGGGUGUGAAAAAAGAAAUAAAAGUGCAUUGCCAGUCUAUCAGUGAAACUUACAGCUAACUGCACUGCGUAUGUUGCGUGCCACUGAAGCCCAUGAACACACACACACACACACACACACACACACACACACACACACACACACACAUGGCAACUAACAUGAGAGAGUGAGUGAUCGCUGGACAGGAAACGACAGACAGAUUAGUCUAACUUAACACGCUGAAGUGCGAUGUUAUAAUGUCCACCUCGUUAGAGUAAAUACUGAAUUGAUGAUGAAUAAGGAAACAGUAAGUGUGGUGGCGUUAACACUGCUGUUGUAGAUAGAGAGGACACAUGGAACAUCAAGGUAUAGGUUACCCAGUCUGCUCUGCUCGUCAUCUCACCACUCCUUCAACCACUAGCAACCUCACUGCCACCUUUGCAAACCACAGCAGCGCGGCACUUCACCACUUUGAUCAGCACCGUCGUCCCGUAGGUAAUUGGAAUAUUAAUUUCCACAGGUUAUCUCACAACAGAGUUUCUUAACUCGUCAUAACAUGCAGCCUUCAAUGUAACAACGGCGAUAGUUGGCAUCAUGACCUGGUAUCCAUAACAAACAUGGAACAAAGAAGUAAACUCUUUGGCUUUAAGGUUAUCAGUAUCCUGGAUGGCAAAGGCAGGGGCGUUUUACAGCGCGUUCUAGCCUGGGGCACGCCUGGCAAAUCUCCUUCAAUCACUCUCGAUGCGUAUCUCAGCAGUCUCCCGGAGGACUCCACCGCCAGCUACAGGUACACGAAGAUAAAGUUCAAUAAAUCAGAAAUCAACCAGCUACGCCAGUGUUCCUCGUGCUCCCAGUGUGACAUCACGCUGCUCUUCAAGGCCAUCAAGCUGGCCUGCGAAAACGUGGCGAGCUUCGAGGACCGCCGCUGGGUCGAGCCAAGCAAGGAACUGGAGUACUACUUGACGUGUAUCAAAAACAAGCGUAAUGAAGUUUUCCAUGGACACAGGGAAAUGAGUCACCCCGAGUUCUUGAGGACCGCAGCGGACAUUCGAGAGUUGUUAGUGGCCACUUUGACCGCAGCGGGGCAUAGAUAUGACAAGACUGAGAGAGAAGUUACCAAGGAGAUUGAGGGAGUCCACAGCGAGAUCGAUAGAAUUAUGGAGGAGGUGCUCGGGGAAGAGGAACUUCUGAUGGAAAAAGGCGAUAUGCUGACGAAAGAUUUCAUCGAGGAGGCUGACCGUCGCGUGCGGCUGAUGCUAGAGGAGACCGUGUACCUGGAUCCCAUGUCCUUCCUGAGUGGCACCACCCUGCGGCCUCACGUGGAGAGCAUAUUUUGCCGUAUAAAAAUCAAGCAGAGUCAACCCGGUCAUAAAGAAGGGAACGUGGAGUAUGCAGAUAUACUGACUUUAGUGCAGGGAUCCGAAACGCCAACAAGCGAGGAAACACGCCAAUCUUCACCACCAACGCCAGCAAAAUACAGAACUACUCUCAACUUUCAGUGUAUUGCAAGUAGUGCCAUAAGAUGUUUCUUUAAGAAGAAACCCGUUCAACAAAAAGUGCCCACACCAUCACAACAAACAAGGACAUCGAUGGGCCGCCCGCAACUCCUGCUGGUACAGGGCGUAGCUGGCAGCGGGAAAACAACGCUGUUGUCGCUCAUCAUGGCGGAAUACAUGAAGACCGUGGGAGACCGUAUACUUAGGGGUCUGGACCAGUACGAUCUGCUGCUACGUGUGCAGUGCCGGGACCACCACAGCAGCUCCUUCGGUGGCCUCCUGCAGCAGCUCAUGCCGGACCAGUUCCUCAAGUACCGCAACAUUCUGCUGCCGCUCCUCAAAAGGUGUAGGGUGCUGGUUCUCAUCGACGGACUCGAUGAGGUUAAUAAUAAUUCAAGCAAACUCGUGAAAGACAUCUUGCACGAGGCGAAAAACGCAAGGGGCUUCACACUUGUGUGUACGUCCCGCCCAGAGAAAGUCACAGAUUUUCUGCCCACGAUUCCCUCAGAAUACAUAGUCAUUCGUAUGGAAUUGACGGGCAUACCGGAGUCCGAGCGCCUCAGCUUCGUGCUGCGGCACCACCGCCUCAUCACGCAGCAAGUGCCAGGGUGUCGAAGUAGCGCAGAUGAUCUGCAGCAAAUCAUGAAUGAGAUUGGUGCAAGAGAGCAAUUCAGACUUCCCCUUAACCUUCUAUUUCUUACUUGGAUAUUCAGCCACGAUCCCAGUUUUUCAGCCUCGACCAUCACCCAGUCGGAGCUUUACUUCAGGAUUCACGAGCUGUGCCAACAAAGACUGCUAGAUAGACUGAGUCGUUCUGCCAACGCAAUGGAUAGAUGGACUCUACAAAAAAAGUUACAAGAGGUCGUACAGGAACUGUAUCGUGUAUGUGUGGUUGGUCUGUCUCGCUGUCAACUUUCCCUAUCUAAGGAAGACGAAGACUCGCUCAGAUCGGCGUGUAUCGCUCGUGGACUCCCGCACCAAGAGGUGUUAUCUGCAUUCCUCAUUCUCAAAGCAACGUGGAGCCCAUGGGGAAUCCAAGAGCAAUAUUCGCCUCCUCACAAAGGUCUACAGGAUUUCUAUGGAGCUUUGUAUGUUGUACCUUUGGUGGGCAAAGGAAAUGCAAAAUCUAUUAAAGAUAAGAUCCUCGGUUCAGGAAAAGUAGACUUGUCUGUCUUCCAGUACAUGUUGAGGCACGUGGCAGCUCUACUUCCUCAUCCAGUGAAGGAGGAUGCAGCAGACCAGGUAGUGAAUCUCCUGAAAACAGCGGGCAUGAGAUACGAAGACCACUGGUUGGAUCUGAUUGAAGACACCAAGGCAGCCCCAGCAAUUGUCGUCUCCGUGGCCCAGCACUUCCCAGUCCCGGAGGACAUCAUGAUAAAGGACACACACGUCAAGAGCUAUACUGCCUUGCUGCCGCACUUGCCGCCUUCACGAGUUGGGAUUGUACUGAACAGAGACCCAAGGGAUGUGAUGGAACUGUUUGAAGCACUCAGCGGCCACGCCUGUACUCGACUUUAUUUUCGUCACCACUUCCGGUACCCGAGCAUCACUGACACAUCAGAUGCUAUCCUGCAGCAGGUGCUGGCCAGCAAUAAACUAGAAGACUUCGGAGGCCACCUGAGCGAGAUUGGAGUGGCUGAGUUACCAUCCUGCCUGAAGAAACUAAGCCUGGCAGUCGUGGGAGACGACCACGCACGCCGCAUCCUCCUCGCAAUUCAAGACCAACCCACUCGGCUCCCUCUCCUCCAUAAUCUGGAGAUCCACGUUCCUCUAGCAUCCCUGUCCUCGACGACUCUUCCUCAGUUGCCCGAUGCCGGAGACGUCAUGGUCUACCUCUCCAGUGUCACAGACUACAAUAUUCCUAAGGCCUGUCAAGUGGCCGGCGCGCUGCAGCCUCCCUCAGGGUACAUGGGCAUCAGCUUCCCUAAGAUGGGCGUAACGGUGGACGGAUGGAAAAAGCUGCUGGACGGACUAGAGCAGCAGAAAGUGAAGACAGUAGGACUGGAGGCUCCAGCUGCCUGCCUCCCCAGUGAGCUACGUAUUCAGUUACGAGAACAAGCCAAGAAGACGCUGUCCGCUUACUUUUUCAGACGAACCUUCGAUGACUGGUAGAGGGAGGAGAAAGAUCAAGACAGGAGAAGUCAUCCACGCCUACAAGAGAACAAAACCUCAAUUGAGAUGUUAUGAAAAAGACGCUAAAAACAAGAGUAAAAACAAACAAUCAUUGGGAAUAAAUAUAUGAAGUGA